AUUACAAAACUAGAAACAAGAGGUGUAUUACUAUCGAAAAGUGUAGAUGUUGUAAAUAAUAUACAGAUUAAACACGAAGAAUGCAAUGGCAAAAUAGCUAAAUUGAUUUUGGAUAAAUUCAACAAAGUUAUAUCGAAGAACAAAGGAUGGGAAAAUAUUAAAAAGAUCAACCAAGUAUUGAUUGGAGAAACCACAAAUGAUGACGAUCUAUCAAGUAGCAAUCUUAAUUUAGAUAAUUAUUUAAGUAUGAAAUACGCCCCGAUAACUUCGGUGGACGUAGAAAGAUCGUUUUCGAUGUACAAAAAUAUUUUAACUCCUAACCGACCAACCCUACUCGAAAUUGGCCGUUUUUCUGAAGACAGCUUAUCAAAAUACAUGGUAGUCGAUUUUUUUUUUUUUAAUACCAAUUAG